AUUGGAACAGGUGACUAGAGCCCGUUUGUUGCUUGACAAUCGUUAGCUGACCUCUAGCUGCUCGCAAGCAAGCCUGUCUACUCUAGCAUAAGAAGCGCGGUGUAAUGUGAAUUUACUAUACUUUUCCUCCAACUUUCAAUAUACAACAAAAUGACGACGACCUCGACCUCGACCUCGACCUCCCUGCCGCCAAAACUCCACAUCUUCAUGCAAUCUCAAUACGCUACCAAAGAUGAGAUGCCAGAGACGUAUGAAUACCUACAGGGUCGACCCACCCUUUUCUUUGUCACCGAAGCCGCAGCGACAAAACAUCUGAUAGCGAAAAGAGAAGAAGUGAGGAAGGAGUACAAAGUGCAGAAUAUACAUGACACGGGCCAGCAACGUGAUUCUCACCCGGCGGCCUUUUCGUAUUGGGAUUACGAUCAGGGGUUUGGCCUGGCGUUCUGGGUGGAAAUGGAUGUUGGUAAAGAUGAAGAAGAGAAAGAGACUGAGGGGAUGCUUGAUUUGACGCUAGAGUCGUUGAUGGAAACUCGCGGUGACGAUGAAACGGGGAUGGGGACGGAGACGUAGUCAAGAUGGGAUGUACGAAGUGAUAGGGAUGGUAAACGCUUUCGCUGCUGUUUGGAAAAGCUAUACUCUAUUUAGACAUUCAUGUUUUAUCUGCUUAUGGCUUGAUCCUGAACCAUUGGUUGAAUGUUCCCGAAGGAUCAUAGUACUUUUUCAGUAUCUUCAACUUCGGGAGGCUUGAUCCGUAAAUAGCCUCCGAAGUUUCAUCACCGUGCGCGAAGUUGGCGUAGCUAUCAUGCUUGUCAGCUUCAA